UACACCUGGAAGUUGGUGGUUCAACCCAUAUUUUGGCAAAUUUCAGGUCAUGAUUUCUCUGCUGUAAAACAAUUUGGUUGCAUAAGAACCAUUCUAUUUAAGAAUCACCUGCACAGUAUACAUCCAGUUAAUCUGGGCCAUGGCUUUCUGGGGCCUACCAGCUCUUACAUUCUCAGACUUUCUCUAGAAAUAGCUGUGUAAGGGUGAACAGGAGAGGAAGAACAAGACAGAGAGAGAAGGAAAGAGAAAGGGUAGAAUCAUAGGACAGAGUUCCCAUUCAUUUUCUUAAUUUAUUUUCAAUUCUUUUAAGUGAACAACACGGCUAUCUAAGAAAAUGGCCAGAGGAAAUUAUAGUUUGGUGACUGAAUUCAUUCUCUUGGGAUUAACAGAUCAUCCAGACCUUCAGCCCAUCCUCUUUGUGCUGUUCUUGCUAAUCUACGUGAUCACUGUGGGAGGGAACCUUGGGAUGAUGGUGUUGAUCAGGAUAGAUUCACAUCUCCACACCCCCAUGUACUUCUUUCUUGCCAGUUUGUCCUGCUUGGAUUUAUGCUAUUCUACUAAUGUAACUCCCAAAAUGUUGGUGAACUUCUUAUCAGACAAGAAAACCAUCUCCUAUGUGGCUUGUUUAAUUCAGUGUUAUUUUUUCAUUGCCAUGGUGAUUACUGAAUAUUAUAUGCUAGCUGUAAUGGCCUAUGACAGGUACAUGGCCAUCUGUAACCCUUUGCUUUACAGCAGCAAGAUGUCCAAAGGGGUCUGUAUUUGCCUGAUUGCUGGUCCAUAUGUCUAUGGGUUUCUUAGUGGCCUGAUGGAAACCAUGUGGACAUACCGCUUGACCUUCUGUGGCUCCAACAUCAUUAACCACUUCUAUUGUGCUGACCCACCCCUCAUCCGACUCUCCUGCUCUGACACUUACAUUAAGGAAACCUCCAUGUUUGUGGUAGCAGGAUUUAACCUCUCCAACUCCCUCCUCAUAAUCCUCAUCUCCUAUAUCUUCAUUCUCAUUGCCAUCUUGAAGAUGCAUUCUGCUGAAGGCAGGCGCAAAGCUUUUUCCACCUGUGGAUCCCACCUGGUGGCAGUGACUGUGUUUUAUGGGACCCUGUUCUGCAUGUAUGUUAGACCUCCCACGGAGAAGUCAGUGGAGCAGUCUAAAAUCAUUGCUGUUUUCUACACAUUUGUAAGCCCUAUGUUGAACCCCCUUAUUUAUAGUCUGAGGAACAACGACGUGAAACAAGCUUUUCGAAAACUGAUCAGAAGAAAUGUGGUUUCAAAAUAAAAUCACAGUGUAUCUUUAUAAAUCUAAUAAAAGAUAUUUUACAAGAACUGGAUCCAAAUUUAACAUUUAUGGCAAAAUCAAUUUUGAAUCCAUCAUGAGAAGCUAUAAUGUAAAGACAAAAUUAUUUCUCUUAAAUAAUCAAGUGGUGAAU